AUGUCUGGCGUCGAGAGUGAGCCGCCGCAGACCGAUGCCAACCCGGACCACGACUUACAAUCAGAGCCUCUCUCCGAAGAUGAGGCCGAGACUCCUGUGCCCGAACAUGAAGUGGUAUCCAAUGACGCGAUUGAUCACGGAGAACCGUCAAGUCAUGGAGUAACAAUCACUGUCGAGGAUGCGGAUGCGGAAGAUGGUUCACUGGUGGAGGACACAGGCGAGCUUGUCUCCGAAGCUGAUACGUCAGGGAUGAACGAGUCUCAGCAGGACACUGACAAGGGUGCUGAAUCGGGGGAAGAGAUGGGAGACGCUCCGCAGACUGAUGCUGACAAGAAUGCGCCAACGGAUGCUGGGGAUGACAAUUUGACCAGGGUGGAGGAGCGCCCGAAUCACCACCAGGAUGAAUCAGAGUCUAGAGAGAUGCCAGCUGCAGCUGCGUCGGAGGGUCAUCCAGAUACGCCAGAACGAAGGCCUACUAUGACAGCAACACGCCCUGCGCAGGUCAACUCUACCGUCUUCGUUGUCAAUGCUCUAGAAACGAUCGGAGCAGCCAAGGAAGUUCGCAGGAAUAAGGAAUUCACAGACGCUGUCCAGGCCGCUUUGUCGAACAUCAAGAACUCGGAGCAGGCAGUCAAUCCCGAAAUCAUAUUCCGCCCAUUGCAAAUGGCAACCAAGUCGUUCAAUAUCCCGCUGCAGGUGACGGCGUUGGAUUGUAUUGGAAAGCUGAUCAGCUAUUCAUAUUUUGCGUUUCCAGCUGUUGCAACUAACCAUGGCGGCUCAGCGGACACUCCACCUCUCAUUGAAAGGGCCAUUGAGGCAAUCUGCGACUGCUUCGAAAAUGAAGCCACUGCGGUGGAAAUUCAGCAACAAAUCAUCAAGUCAUUGCUCGCAGCUGUCUUAGACGACAAGAUCGUGGUACAUGGCGCGGGUCUUUUGAAAGCCGUUCGCCAAAUUUACAACAUCUUUAUAUAUUCCAAGUCGAGUCAAAACCAGCAAGUUGCCCAAGGGUCAUUGCUUCAGAUGAUUGCCACGGUCUUUGAAAGGGUCAGAGUUCGUCUAGAUCUGAAGGAGGCACGCCUAAGAGAGUCCAAUGAGGCGAAGGCGGACGAAGCGUUGUCUGCGGAGACAUCCAUGCUGGGCAACGGAGGCAUGAACGGCAUGAACGGACAGAUGGAUACCCCAGAUCAUGAGACUCCUCCUCCGCUCACAGACGGAUUGUCUCCUGGCCAGGAGAAGCUGACCCUGCAAAGCUUCGAAAACAACAAGAACCUCGACGAUGCCAUCGUUGCAGACAGCGCUCCAACAACAGUCACUCGCGUCAGACGAGAGCGCAAAAACACACGCACUAGUUCAGCGCCAGUGUCUCGAUCAAGCUUGCAAGAAGAACGCGAUGAGGCAGAACUAUCUCCGGAGGACGAAGACGAUGUCUACAUCAAAGAUGCCUUCUUGGUGUUCCGUUCGCUAUGCAAACUGAGUCAAAAGGUCUUGACUUACGAUCAACAGCAGGAUCUUCGGAGUCAAAACAUGCGCUCCAAACUCUUGUCCUUACAUUUGAUUUAUCAUGUCAUCAACAACUAUACCACAGUCUUCACAUCUUCGUUCUCGAAUAUUAAGAGUGGCAAUAACGCUGAACCUACACCGUUCUUGCAAGUCGCCAAACCUCAUUUGUGCCUCAGUCUUUCUAGGAAUGCCGCGAGCUCGGUUCCACGGGUUUAUGAAGUUUGUUGCGAGAUAUUCUGGCUUUCGCUGAAACAUAUGCGCGUUCUGCUGAAGAAGGAACUUGAAGUGUUCCUAAAAGAAGUCUAUCUUGCUGUAUUGGAACGGCGGAACGCACCCCUUUUUCAGAAACAAAUGUUCAUGGACGUUUUGGAAAGACUCUCGGGCGAUCCUCGUGCUCUGGUCGAGAUCUAUCUCAAUUACGACUGCGACCGGACGGCGCUGGACAAUAUGUACCAAGAAAUCAUUGAACACUUAUCUCGGAUCUGCAGCACACCUGUGGCAGUCACUGCUGUUCAGCAACACCAAUACCAAGAACAACAAUCAAAACCCUCGACCCCUGUCUCUGAAUGGCAUUCACGAGGCGCGUUGCUUCCUGGUCUGUCGACAGCAAGCUUGAGUCAGCCUCCGCCUCCUCCACCGCCCGUACCGAUUGAGUAUGCUCUGAAGCAGCAAUCCUUGCGUUGUCUGGUUGAAAUUCUCCACUCGCUCGAUAAUUGGUCCAGUCAAGGGAGCCCCGAACAGACUAAUGGAUCUCGAUAUCCGGCAUCAAGAGGGUCAUACGAGGACUCCAGGGAGUCGCUGGACUACAGCGAAAAACCACCUCCGUCACCUCGCGUACCAGGUUUAGGGAACGAGUCAGGAAUCUCCACGCCAGUGGCAGAAGAUGAUCCAACCGAAGUCGAGAAAGUGAGAAUGCGGAAGUCUGCUCUAAACGAAGCCAUCCGACAAUUCAACUUUAAGCCGAAACGAGGAAUCAAAGCUCUCUUGGCUGAAGGGUUUAUUCGCAGCGACAGCCCUCAGGACAUUGCCAAGUUCUUAUAUGCAAAUGACAGACUGGACAAAGCUAUGCUCGGAGAAUACCUCGGCGAAGGCGACGAGAAGAACGUUGCCAUCAUGCAUGCUUUUGUGGACAUGAUGGACUUUAGCAAGAGGCGUUUUGUUGACGCCCUGAGGCAGUUCCUGCAAAGUUUUCGCUUGCCUGGAGAAGCGCAGAAGAUCGAUCGAUUCAUGCUCAAAUUCGCUGAGCGGUAUCUUAGUGGCAAUCCCAACGCAUUUGCGAACGCCGACACUGCCUAUGUGCUGGCAUAUUCGGUCAUCAUGCUUAACACUGAUCAACACAGUUCGAAGCUAAAAGGUGCUAGAAUGACUGUAGAAGAUUUCAUCAAGAACAACAGGGGAAUCAACGAUGGCCAAGAUUUGCCUGCGGACUAUCUAGGCGGCAUCUACGAGGAAAUUUCCAACAAUGAAAUUGUCCUGGACUCUGAACGAGAACACGCUGCCGAGUUGGGCAUUGCUUCUGUUACGAGUGCCGGGUUUGCCUCAAGGGCUGGUCAAGCUCUGGCCAAUGUCGGCAGAGACCUGCAAAAAGAGAAAUACACCCAGGCAUCCGAAGAAAUGGCAAACAAGACGGAACAGUUAUACCGAAGUCUCAUCAGGGCACAGAAGCGCUCCGCAGUCCGAGAGGCGCUGUCACGAUUCAUUCCGGCGACCUCGAUCAAGCACGUUGGCCCCAUGUUCAACGUGACAUGGAUGUCUUUCCUUUCGGCCUUUUCCAGUCAGAUGCAGGACGCACAAAACCUCGAUCUUAUCAGGCAGUGCCUGGAUGGCUUAAGGUUGGCUAUCAGAAUUGCCUGCAGGUUUGACCUGGAGACACCCAGAGUUGCAUUUGUCACGGCGCUUGCCAAGUUCACGAACCUGGGUAAUCUCAAGGAAAUGAUGGCCAAGAACUUGGAGGCGUUGAAGGUGCUCAUUGAGGUUGCUCUGACAGAAGGCGAUGUCUUGAAAUCCUCCUGGCGGGAGAUAUUGAUGUGCAUCAGUCAGCUCGACAGAUUGCAGCUUCUUUCGACCGGAAUUGACGAAGGGGUCAUCCCGGAUGUUACGAGGGUCAACACUUCCACACCCUCAAGUACCCCGAGGGACGGCACCAGAAGCCGCCGAUCGAUGCAAGCUUCCAAACGACCGAGGCCGAGAUCUGCGCAUAGCUUUCGGCCAGAGGUUGCAGAUGAGACUAAGUCCACAGACAUGGUCCGAGGAGUAGACAGGAUAUUCACCAAUACUGCCAAGCUAUCCUCUGAGGCGAUUGUCGACUUCGUCCAGGCAUUGAGCGACGUCAGUUGGCAAGAGAUUCAAUCCUCCGGGAACAGUGAGUCUCCGCGCAUGUACAGUCUCCAAAAGCUGGUGGAAAUCAGCUAUUACAACAUGACGAGAGUCAGGAUAGAAUGGACCCGGAUCUGGGAGGUGCUCGGAGAGCACUUCAACCAGGUUGGCUGUCACAACAAUACCGCUGUGGUGUUCUUUGCCCUGGACUCGCUCCGCCAACUUUCAAUGAGGUUCAUGGAAAUCGAAGAAUUGCCGGGGUUCAAAUUCCAAAAAGACUUCUUGAAGCCAUUUGAGCACGUAAUGGCGAAUAGCACAGUUGUCACCGUCAAGGACAUGGUCUUGAGAUGCCUAAUUCAGAUGAUCCAAGCCCGCGGAGACAACAUCAGGUCGGGCUGGAAGACCAUGUUCGGCGUCUUCUCAGUUGCUGCCAGAGAACAAUAUGAAGCGAUUGUCAACAUCGCCUUUGACUAUACCAACCAGAUCUACAAUACCCGAUUUGGCGUGGUUAUCUCACAAGGCUCAUUUCCCGACCUGGUUGUCUGUCUGACCGAGUUCUCCAAGAACCUCAAGUUCCAGAAGAAAUCACUGCAAGCAAUUGAAUUGCUUAAGUCCACAGUACCAAAGAUGUUGAAGACUCCAGAAUGCCCCCUUUCGAGACGUCACGGCAAGAUUCCCGAAUCUGAGGAAUCUGGCGUGGUGGCAGGUGUCAAGCAACCUACUUCGCAGACCGAAGAGGAACAGUUCUGGUACCCGGUCCUGAUCGCUUACCAAGACGUGUUGAUGACGGGAGAGGACCUUGAGGUACGAUCCAGAGCUCUCACCUAUCUUUUCGAGACUCUGAUUAGAUAUGGUGGUGAUUUCCCUCCUGAGUUCUGGGAUGUCCUUUGGCGCCAAUUACUGUACCCGAUCUUCGUCGUCUUGCAGAGCAAGUCGGAGAUGUCCAAGGCUCCCAAUCACGAGGAACUGUCCGUGUGGUUGUCGACGACAAUGAUCCAAGCCCUUCGGAACAUGAUCACACUUUUCACGCACUACUUUGACUCGCUGGAGCAUAUGCUUGACCGCUUCUUGGAUCUUCUCACAUUGUGCAUUUGUCAAGAAAACGACACCAUAGCCCGCAUUGGGAGCAAUUGUCUCCAGCAACUGAUCCUCCAGAACGUAACCAAAUUCUCUCCUGAGCACUGGUCAAGAAUUGUGACUGCAUUCGUGGAGCUCUUCAAUAGGACAACAGCUUAUGAACUCUUCUCAGCGGCAGCAACAAUGUCUGACGCUCGACCCUCUCCAGGCCAUGAUGGGUCCGAAGGUCUAUCCAUCUCCGGAACCACGAUUGUCGAGACUCCAACCACAAAUGGAGCACCUGCGUCCUUCCACAACGCAACUCCUUCCUUGGAGUCACAAGCAAGCUCGGCCGCCGCCGUUGCUGAAAUCCCUGCAAGCCAGAGUACUCAGGAAUUGGAGGACUAUCGCCCGCAUUCAGACAUGCAAGCACCCGCACCGGUGGUGACGGCUGCACGCCGACGCUUCUUUAACAAGAUCAUUACAAACUGCGUUCUUCAGCUGCUUAUGAUAGAGACUGUGGCAGAACUCUUCUCCAACGACACAGUCUAUGCCCAGAUCCCCUCAUCCGAGCUCCUCCGCCUGAUGGCACUCCUGAAGAAGUCGUAUCAAUUCGCCAAAAAGUUCAACGGUGACAAAGAGCUCCGCAUGGCUCUUUGGAGACAAGGUUUCAUGCGACAACCGCCGAACUUGUUGAAGCAAGAAUCCGGAUCGGCCAAUACAUAUGUGAGUAUCCUGCUCAGGAUGUAUCAUGAUGAAGGGGAAGAGCGGAGGUCAAGCCGUGAUCAAACGGAAGGCGCUCUGAUUCCUCUGUGCGCCGACAUCAUCCGCUCCUUCAUUCUCCUCGACGAAGAAACCCAACAAAGAAAUAUCGUCGCAUGGAGGCCCGUCGUCAUUGACGUCCUGGAGGGCUACACCAACUUCCCCAAGGAGAGUUUCGAGAAGCACCUCGACACUUUUUACCCUCUUGCUGUCGGACUGUUGGAGAAGGAAAUCGGUGCCGAUCUGCGCAAUUCACUAUGGGGCAUGUUCCGCCGCGUGGGCGAGGUCAAGUUUGGCAUGCCUGAACUGGUGCUUGUGAGAGGGAGAGAUGGCAGUGUGAGCUCGACGAGGAACGGCAGUGUCGGGGGCACCGCGCCGACCAGUCCGCCUUCGUCGAGUCGGGGAUUCGAAUUCUCACAGAGUGGUGGUAGGAGGGGGAGUCGGGUGAGUAGGACGGGGCCUGCGUAA